AUGGAUGCCAGCAUAGCCAGCGUACCAGCACCUACACUCAAAAGAAGUAUAUCUUCUUCGGACGACAUACUACUACAAGAGAACAAAAAGCGUCCUCGCGCUGAUAAUCUUCUCACGGAACUGUCUGACAUCUUGGUAGAAAUAAAGGCGACUCCAUCGUCUGGAGAGAUUUCUGCUGAUUUACUCAACUCGCUUCGAUUACUCAUGCUACAAAUCGAGAGCUUGGCUGCUGACGAGACCAACAUUGAAGCAAAAACCCUCAAAGAUGAAAGCGACAAUUGCUUGGAGUUAUGGUUCCAGGAAUUGGUUGCACAAUGUGAAGCAGAUGGAGAGGAGUUGAUAUUGGAGCCAGAGGAAUACAAUGCUGUCAGCGAUAAUGAAGAUGAAGAAGAUACCAUUGCUCUUGCACUGGCAUUACAGGACGAGGAGGAUUACUGCAAAGAGUUUGAAAAGGGGCAGAUUUGCAUUAAAAAAAAAGAAGAAGAGGACGACGAAGAGGUGGAGGUCGAUAUUCUGUAG